UUUAUUUAUUUUUGUUAAUUUUAUUUCAAUCGUUAAUUUUAAAUGAAUAGUUUGGAUAAUUCCUUAAAACUGCAAGGACUCCUCAAUCCUCGCUUUUAUCCAGUACGUCUUGAUUAUUUCGAAAGUAACUGAAAUAUGAAAGAAACUCAACGGCUAACUAGUCUCAGGAACACAAUUUCACGCUUCAUCAAAGAACACAAGAGCAUGAGAGAGCUUAAACAAAUCCAUACCCAUAUCCUAACAUCUCCAAAUCUAUCCAAGAAUGAACAAUACUUCCUCCUGACUCGUCUCCUUUUCUUUUGCGCCAUUUCGGACUCAGGGUCCCUCAGCUAUGCCGCCGAUGUUUUUCGACUCAUAAAGAACCCUAAUACCUCUGUCUAUAACAUUAUGAUCAGAGCUUAUGCUAGUAAAACCAAUGGUGGUGAUGAUACAAGCUCCAGCAGGUCUUUGCUUCUAUAUAAGCAAAUGCUUUAUGAUGGCAAUUCUCCAGAUUACCUCACUUUUCCUUUCCUCGUAAAGGAAUGCACAAGGAGGCUUGAUGCUUUCGCGGGCCGAAGCAUUUAUGCCCAUGCCAUCAAGUUUGGAUUCCAUAAUGAUGCUUUUGCUCAGAAUUCUCUGAUAAGCUUGUAUAUGGCAUGUGGGUAUUUGAGCUGUGCCCUGAAGCUGUUUGAAGAUAUGUUAAAUAAGGAUGUUGUUUCUUGGAACUCAAUGAUUAUUGGGUAUUUGAGGGGUGGGGAACUUGAUAAGGCGUUGGAUUUAUUCAGAAGGAUGGAGAAGAGGAAUAUUAUUACUUGGAAUUCGAUCAUAACGGGGUUUGUUCAAGGUGGCCGCCCAAAGGAGGCCUUGGAAUUUUUCCACGAAAUGCAGAUUAUAAGCGAUGAUAUGGCUAUACCGGAUAAGAUUACAAUUGCUACUGUUCUUUCAGCUUGUGCGAAUCUUGGUGCAAUUGAUCACGGGAAAUGGGUGCAUAGUUACUUAAGGAGAAGUAGCCUAGAGUGUGACGUGGUAAUUGGUACAGCACUGGUUGACAUGUAUGGAAAAUGCGGAUGCGUAGAAAAGGCAUAUGAGGUCUUCACGGAUAUGCCUGAAAAGGAUACCUUGGCAUGGACGGCGAUGAUAUCAGUCUUUGCUCUUCAUGGGUUUGGUAGAGAGGCUUUUGAUCUUUUUGAGGAGAUGGAAACACUUGGGGUGAAGCCCAACCAUGUGACAUUUGUUGGGCUACUGUCUGCUUGUGCUCACUCUGGUCUAGUAGAGAAAGGUCGCUGGUGUUUUGACAUGAUGGCAAGUGUUUACUCAAUUGAACCACAGGUUUAUCAUUACGCUUGCAUGGUUGAUAUACUGGGCCGUGCGGGCCUCUUUGAAGAGGCAGAAGGGCUUAUUAGAAGCAUGCGAAUGGAGCCAGAUGUGUUUGUUUGGGGUGCAUUACUUGGAGGCUGUCAAAUGCAUGGGAAUAUGGAAUUAGGAGAAAAGGUGGCACAGUAUUUAAUUGAUCUGGAACCUCUGAACUAUUCUUUUUAUGUGAACUUGUGUGAUGUAUAUGCUAAAGCUAAUAGAUUUGAUAACGCAAAGAGAACUAGAGCCUUAAUGAAAGAAAAAGGGAUAAAAAAGGAAGUCCCGGGCUGCAGCAUGAUUGAAGUUGAAGGGGUCGUUUAUGAAUUUUCAGUGCGAGGAUCACCCGAAGUUGUAAUGGAGGAAGUAGUCUGGACCUUGGUUGGGUUUAGUAACGUGAUGAAGAUAGAAGGGUAUAUGCUUGAUCAUGAUGAGAUAUCAUUGAAGGCAAAGGUAUUGUGAUUAUAUGAAAAUGAUUUUAAUUCUAAGUACAAAUUAGUUCUAUAUUCUAAUAUUCACACAUGGGAAACUGACAUUAUGCUGUUUGAGGAGAAUCUUCAAGCACCAUCACAGACAGAAAUUUCUUGUUUGAGGGAAAGUUAUUGAGGUAUACUCCCU